AUGAAAGGGAUUUUUAUUUUCUUCUACUUGUCUAUUUUUCUUGUCUUGUUUCUAAGAGAAACUGAGUCGGCUCAACUACAAAGUAAUGGAAUUUAUAUUGUGUACAUGGGAGCCUCAGUUUCAUCAAAGGGUAAUCCAAGAAAUGAUCAUGAUCAGCUUCUCAGCUCCUUCAUGAAAAGGAAGAAGAAUGCAGUGAUACACAGCUACAGCAAUGGUUUCGCAGGGUUCGCCGCUUAUUUAACGGAGGAUGAGGCUAAAUCAAUAGCUCAAAGACCCGGAGUUGUGUCUGUUUUUCCCGAUCCAGUUUUACAACUUCACACAACGCAUUCUUGGGAUUUCUUGAGGUACCAAACUGCUGUAGAGGUUGAUUCCAAGCCUAGAUCAACUUCGGAUUCAUUUUCCAAUGGAACAGACACUAUUAUUGGCAUCUUGGAUACAGGAAUUUGGCCUGAAUCUGAGAGUUUCAGUGAUGAGGAUAUGGGUCCAAUUCCAUCACGGUGGAAAGGCACAUGUAUGGAAGGCCAUGACUUCACUUCCUUGAGCUGCAACAGGAAACUAAUUGGAGCAAGGUAUUAUGAAGAACCUGGAUCCAGCAACACAGGAGCAUCUGGCACACCUAGAGACAAGAAUGGUCACGGUACUCAUGUUGCAUCAACUGCGGCAGGCAUCCCAGUUAAAGGGGCAUCAUAUUAUGGCCUAGCCGAAGGGACUGCAAAGGGUGGCUCACCAGGAUCAAGAAUCGCUAUGUACCGUGUUUGUACCCCGGAUGGAUGCCGAGGCUCGGACAUCUUAAAAGCAGUUGAUGAUGCCAUUGCUGAUGGGAUUGAUGUGUUAUCAAUGUCUCUCGGUGCAUCAGCUGCAUUGGAACAAGAAUUUUCAGUAGAUCCUAUUGCCAUUGGAGCAUUUCAUGCAGUAGAGAAGGGCAUCAUUGUGGUGUGCUCUGCUGGGAAUGAUGGCCCUGAUUCUGGAACAGCUGUGAAUAUUGCUCCUUGGAUUCUAACUGUUGCUGCCACUACCAUUGACCGGGAUUUCGAGUCCGAUGUCGUGUUAGGUGGAAACAAGGUGAUUAAGGGUGGAGGCAUUAAUUUUGCUGAUAUCCAGAAAUCUCCAGUGUACCCCCUAAUAUAUGGCAGCUCAGCAAAACCAAUCCACACUCUUGAUGAUAGCGAGGCAAGAAAUUGUAACCCAGGCUCAUUUCAAGAUGACCAAGUCAAGGGGAAGAUUAUUCUAUGUGAAAGCAAGGACGAUGACUAUUCAGCAGAAAAUAAGUUUGAAUCGUUGAAGAAACAAGGCGCGAUUGGGAUGAUAUUGAUCAACGAUAAUGAGAGAGCCGUGGCAUCAAGUUUUGGAUCUUCUCCUGUGGCUGUUGUCACAGAAGAAGAUGGAGCCCAGAUUCUCUCUUAUAUCAACUCGACCAGAAAUCCUGUGGCCACAAUUUUACCAACAGUGGUGGUACCAAAGUACAAGCCAGCUCCUGUUGUUCCCUAUUUCUCUUCAAGAGGUCCUUCAUUCAGCACUCAAAACCUUCUCAAGCCAGAUAUAGCAGCACCGGGAGUAGCCAUUGUUGCAGCAUGGCCCGGAAAUGAUACCAAAGUGGUCGUCUCUGGCAAGGGACCACCGCUCUACUAUGUACUCUCUGGUACAUCCAUGGCGUGCCCCCAUGUUUCUGGGGUAGCAGCAACAGUCAAAUCACUACACCCCUCUUGGACUCCCUCUGCAAUCAAAUCAGCCAUCAUGACAUCAGCAAUUCAGACAAACAAUUUAGAGGCACCAAUAACUACAAAUUCCGGGUCAAAAGCUACGCCUUAUGAUAUAGGUGCAGGGGAAGUAAGAACACCUGGGCCAUUGCAGCCAGGGUUAGUCUAUGAAACUGAAAUCACCGACUACUUGCAAUACCUCUGCUAUACUGGCUAUAACAUAACCAAGAUAAACCAGAUCGCGUCGUCUCUUCCAGCUAAUUUUUCAUGCCCCACCGAAUCAGAUUCUGAUUCCAUCUCCAACAUGAACUACCCAUCAAUUGCCAUAUCAAACUUGAAACAAAAAGAAACCAAGAAAGUGAUCAGAACCGUAACUAACGUUGACCAAGAUGAAUCAAUUUACACUGCUCUCGUAGAUGCACCUAGUGGAGUUGAAGUUGAAGUGGAACCAAAUAAAUUGCAAUUCACAAAGAACAGUAAGAAGGUAACUUAUCAAGUGACUUUCAGGCAAACGUCUUCUGCCAAAGAGGACAUGUUCGGCUCAAUUACAUGGACCAAUGGAAAGUACAAAGUUCGAAGUCCGUUUGUUGUAGCAAUAUCGAACGAUAGCCAGUAA